AUGGAUGAACUUUUCGCCGAGGAACUUCAACAGGGUUGGAUCCGCGAAGUUCCUGGCAAAGAUGCGGAGCUCCGCAGUUCACACAAACAUACGGCUGUGGGGAAACUCGGUGUGGUCAAUCCGAAUUGCGACAACUCUGCGUCGGAUGCGGCCUCUUGGAAAGGACUUUCACUGGCGAAAGGCCUCUGUUCUCUUCUCCGAUCUUUCUUCUUGUUGCAGGAGCGCCAGUUCAUAUCCGUGCACAUUGACCACGUACCAGGCUUCAAGAACGACCUCGCUGAUGCGCUCAGUCGCGCUUAUGACCCGACCUUGAUCGGGUUUUCCUCCGAUCAGCUCUGCUUUGUCCCCGGGACUGCUUUUCCUGCCACACUGCGUGCGUAUACAUACCCACUCGAGCUCGACAUGUCCAGAUUCCUGGCGUGUGCUUGA